AUGCAAGAGCAAAAGCAAACACCAAAUGCUACCAAUGAACAGCAAAAAGGUAAACGUGAUGUUGCUAUACAGAUCGAUUUGAAAGAUGGAACAGAGCUCGAGAAAUUAAGUGCCUUCACUACUGUAUUUUUCGGACCAUUUUCAUUAAUUAGGGAUGGGAAACAAUCAGUAAAAUGUGUGCAGGUCGGAGAUGGUAACAUUAAACAACUAAAAUAG